AUGAUCAACGAAAGAAGCUCCAUCGAAUAUGUUCUUGAGGAAAUUAUAGCGAAAGUUGUAGCAGAAUCUAGCCAAAAGAAUAAAAAUAUUAAGUUAACCAUAAAACGGAAACUCAAUGGAAAACAUGAUUUGAAUAAAAGACCAAAGUUAAGUUUACACAAAUCUUUUGAUGAAGAGAUAUACUGUCGCAUUUGCUAUGAUUCUUCUCAACAAUUGCCCAUUACAUAUCUCUGCAAGUGCAAAGGAACCAUGGGUGCAAUUCAUUUAAAAUGCCUAGAACACUGGCUAGAGGAAAGUAACAGGAAUAGUUGUGAAUUAUGCGGACAUCAGUUUGAAGUCAGACGAACUCCUCGCUACCAUGUUUUACAUUCCAUAAUAAUUUGGAUGUGCCUCAAUCAGCAACAACAUCAAUUGUAUGUUCGCAGUUUAAAGGCUGAUUUACUUCGAAGCAUUAUUAUUACACCUAUGGCGAUAGGAUGUUCUUAUAUUUGUAUAGUCGCAGCUGAUUUUUAUGCAAAGAAUAAGUAUGAUAACUUUUCUCCAGCACGAUGGACAACUUAUUUAUUGUUAAGUAUGAUGUCUUUGUUGCUUUUCUCUUAUUUUAUAUGGAUGUAUAUGGCAAUACAGUAUCAUCAGAAGAUCUGGUUUUAUUGGUGGCAAAAGACAAGUACAGUAAGAAUUAUAUUGAAUCCAGAAAAUAAAACUUCAAUAAACUACAAAUCUAAUAUAUCACAAGUUUAAUUAUG